UAGACUGUGCGCAUGUGCAAUGUGGAAAAGAUGGUGGAGCUAUCCAAGUGUUUUACUACACCCACUUUUUUGCACCUAAACCAAUACUUGUAAUAGAUCUACCGCACAGCAGACAGCCGUUCACAUAGAAUGGAGGACCAGCCAUCUUCUGAUACCAUUGCUGUGAGACGCAAGAGGAGAGAGAAGAAGAACACAGGAGCAUCCUCGGCUUUAGAAAAAAUCAAACGGGGUCGUGAAAUGGGAGUGGUCGAGGACUCUGAGCUGGAGGUAGCGGAGGAUGUGUUUGAGUAUGUCAAUGAGUCAGAAUAUGCCAAGAUUGUCCAGCAGCGGCAGGAGGAGGGGUUCGUAUUGGAUGAUGAUGGUGCGUACACUGAGCAUGGUCGAGAGAUAUUCGAUGAGGAGGUGGACGACACACCUACCUCUACGGCCAAGGGGAAGGGGAAAAAGAAAUAUUCUGCCCCAGGGCGUAGAAUGGCCAAGCCGUCUGGUGACAUCAAACAGAUGUUGUUGAGCAUGGGAGAGCCAAGCAAGAGAAAGAAAAAAGAGGAAACAGCUACGGUGAAGAAUGAUGAUCUGCUCUCCGACCUCCUCAUGGAAAUUAAGGAUAAGCCAUCUUCUAGUGGAAGGAAGGUGCCACGCCCCCACCAAACCACACCCUCUCGUGCCCGCUCCUCCUUUGCCCCUCGUCUCUCGUCUACCCCUCAAGCACCUCGUACGGGGGGGCUUAAGAAAAUACGAGUGAUCAAGUCUGAGAUGCGUCCUGCCCGCCCAGUGAGGAGGGAGCCAUCUCCCCUGUCAGCUUUGGAAUUGGAUGAUUACGGUAUGGGUAUGGACUAUGAUGAGGGGGCGGGGAAUGUGGAGGGAGUGGAUACGAAGAAGGAUAGUGUGGAGGCUGAGGAUGUGAUGGUAGUGAGCGAAGAGAUAGAGGAAGACAAAGAGGACAUGAUGGCUGUUGAUGUGCCAGAGGAGGCGGUGUCAGUGACUGGCUGGGAGACAGUGAGGGGGGACCUACAGCAGAGCAAUGAGGAUGCAUUUGCGAGUGUACAGCUGGACGCAUCGUCCCUGCCCACACAGGAGGUGGAUGGAGAGUGUGUACUUCCCUUCUAUUGGCUGGAUGCCUAUGAGAAUCAUUAUCAUCAGCCGGGCUCUGUGUUCCUGUUCGGGAAGGUAUGGGUGCAAGACGUGCAGGCAUUCGUCAGCUGUUGUGUGGUGGUGAGGAACGUCAAUCGCUGUCUCUACUUCCUCCCUCGAGAGAAGAUGCUCUCCAAAUCAGGCCAGCCCACAGACCAGGACGUCAAGAUGGAGGACUUAUACACUGAAUUCAGUGAGAAGUUUGCUGACAGACACCAGAUACUCAAGUUCUCCUCCAAGAGAGUGACCAAGAGGUAUGCCUUUGAUCUGCCGGAUGUACCCUCAGAGUGCGAAUACCUGGAGGUCAAGUACUCGUGUGAGUACCCAGCCCCACCCAUGGACGAUAAGGGGCGGAGCUACAGUCGAGUGUUUGGAACCAACACAUCAUGCCUCGAGAAACUCAUUCUCCAUUGCAAGCUGAGAGGCCCUAGCUGGCUCCACAUCAAAUGCCCCAGUAUACCACAGCUCAACAUCAGCUGGUGCAAGUGUGAGGCUAUAGUUGCAGACAUGGAUCAGGUUAUCGUGGCAACAGAGCAAGAACCACCUCCUCCACUGGUUGUCAUGAGUCUGUCUGUUAAAAUUACCCUGAAUCCAAAAACAGGAUCUAAUGAGGUUCUGUGUCUGGGUAGUCUGGUGCAUCCUGAUAUCCGGUUUGACAAACCACCUCCUGACAAGCCAUUCCAGGCCGACCUAUGUGCGAUACGUCAUCCAGUGGACAGAGAUUUCCCGUUCAGAUUUGACCAGUUCAUCCAGAAAAAGGGAUUCAACGUGGAGGUGUCUCCCUCAGAGAGAGCCAUGCUGGCCUACUUCCUAGCCAAACUGCACAGGGCAGACCCUGACAUCAUUGUCGGCCAUAACCUGUCAGCAUUCGCUCUCGAGGUUCUGCAGCACCGGAUGUCAGUGUGUAAAGUGCCUCAGUGGUCACGAGUGGGUCGUCUCAAGAGGAAGGACAUGCCUCGAGGGCGCUCAGUCGGCCACCUCCUGUGUGCAGGUCGCCCAGUCUGUGAUGUCAAGAUCUCCGCAAAAGAGUUGAUUCGUGCAAAGAGCUACGAUCUCUCUGAACUAGCUAACCAUGUUUUGCGCACCCCACACCAACCGAUGGAACAUGAAGACAUCUUGAGAGCCUUCAGCUCAUGCGAAGCUCUGGGUGGAGUCAUUGCUCACACCAUGGAUGAAGCCAUGCUCUCCCUGAAGCUCAUGUAUGAGCUGAGUGCCCUCCCCCUGGCCUACCAGAUCACCUGUCUGGCUGGUAACACACUCAGCAGGACCCUACAUGGAGGGAGAGCCGAGAGGAACGAAUUGCUCCUAUUACACGCCUUCACUGCCAAGAACUACAUAUGUCCCGAUAAGGCUCCUUAUGGGAAGAAGGGUCAUGUGACACACGAGGACGAGGAAGAAGAGGGUAGUAGUACAGUCCCAGUCAAGACUGGUCGCAGGAAACCUGCUUACUCUGGGGGCUUAGUACUAGAACCAAAACGAGGUUUCUACGAUCGUUUUAUUCUUCUUCUCGACUUUAACUCUCUCUAUCCGUCGAUAAUACAAGAGUACAAUAUUUGCUUUACCACGGUCGACCAUGCCCAUUGUUCUCGUGAGGACGACGGGUACAGUAAGCUCCGCCUCCCUGAACCCUCAGAGCCGGCAGGGGUGCUCCCCUCAGAGAUCAGAGUGCUUGUGGAACGAAGACGACAAGUGAAACAGCUGAUGAAGGACACUAAGGGCAACAAGGAGUUGUACACGCAGUACGACAUUCGACAGAAAGCACUCAAGUUGACUGCCAACAGUAUGUACGGCUGUCUGGGUUUCUCUCACUCUCGAUUCCACGCUCAACCCCUGGCGGCCAUUAUCACUGGGAAGGGCAGGGAGAUUCUGGGCAACACCAAAGAUUUAGCUCAAAAGCUCAACCUGGAUGUUAUUUACGGGGACACAGACUCGAUCAUGAUAGACAGUAACUCGAGAGACCUGCGAGAGGCUGAGAAAAUUGCUCAGCGUGUGAAGACGGAGGUGAACAAGCUCUACAAGUUGUUAGAGAUAGACGUUGAUGGCAUCUACAAGGCCAUGCUGCUACUCAGGAAGAAAAAGUAUGCGGCGGUGGCUGUGGAGUGGAAGGACGGUGUGUUGAUAGAGAGGACAGAGCUGAAAGGACUAGACAUUGUGAGGAGAGACUGGUGUGAACUGGCAAAGAAGUGUGGACACUAUGUGAUCAAUCUGAUUCUGUCUGGAGAAGAGAUAGAGAAGGUGAUAGAGAAGAUACAAGCUCACCUCUCCCAGCUGGCCCUAGAGGUCAACUCAGGAAAAACCCCGCUACAAGAGUUUGCGAUUACCAAGGCUCUGACUAAACCUCCAUCUGACUACCCUGACAAGAAGGGCCUGGCACAUGUACAAGUGGCUCUCAGAAUGCAGAGCAGGAACUUAGUGGUCCAGGCUGGAGACGUAGUACCCUACAUCAUGUGCAAGGGGCAGUCAAACACAUCAGCAUCCCUCAGGGCCUAUCAUCCAGACGAAGUCACCAAACAAGAGCAUCUGGAGGUGGACACCAAGUACUACCUUCAGCAUCAGGUGCAUGCUGUCGUGUCUCGUCUCUGUGAACCCAUCGAUGGCCUCGGAGCUGCUAGCAUUGCUGAGUUCCUGGGCCUGGAUCCGUCCGGAUAUCGGAGUGUUGUGAGGAGUGACGGUGUGGAGGAGGGGGCGGGAGAAGGUGAAGGAGGUGUGAAGGUCGAUCCAUUUGAGGGCGUGGCACUUCCGCUCGUCACUUGUCAGCAAUGUGGAAAGAGUGCUGAAGUGCACGGAUCUAAGAAUGGCAAUCUUGAGAUGGGCCUCAGCUGCUCUCACUGCAAGACUAGACUGUCCCCUGGCAGGGUGAUGAACCAUCUCACUCUGGUCAUUCAAAAGCACGUCAGGAAGUAUUAUGCUGGCUGGCUGGUUUGUGAGGACCAGACUUGCAGCUAUCGCACCAGGCAGCCCACCGUUGUACUUGAAGACUCCUCUCCAAAGUGUCCCUCCUGUUAUGGGAAGCUCAGAGAAGAGUUCCCAGCCUCUGCCCUCUACCAUCAGCUUGUAGCUCUGGAUCUACUCUUUACAGUCAAUGAUACCAAAACCAAAGAAGACGAAAAGUUGGCGAGUGUGUACCAAAGCCUCAAGUCCCAUGUUCAGUCGUACCUAUCCAAGAACCAGUACUCAAAGAUCGAUCUCAGCCGACUUUUUCCAAGCCUCAGUCUAGUCUUACUAAACAGACACUGACCGACCUCCUCUAUCUAUCAAUUACUCAUUAGUAGUGCGAUUACAUCCAAUUUGUUCUCUGUUUAUUCAACUUUGUUAUAGAUAUUCUUUGAGACCCUCUAAAA